AUGGGGAGGGACUCUGCCUCACGGAGUAUACAUACAAUUCAGUGCAGAUAUGUCAAUAUAAUCCCAGCUGGUAGCUUUCAGUCAUGUACUGACCCUCCCUUGGGAUCCUGUGGUGGAUUUAAAGGUCAUCACCAGUAUUUGCAAGAGCCCAGAAUUGAAGAGAACUACAAGAUUCCUGAGCUGUGCUUGACUGGCGAGGAAAUUUUUUCUUUGCAUGGGAUACCAAACAACAGUCAUGUAUCAAAUUCAAGCUUCCCUACGAUAUGUCCUGCUGUUUUGCAACAGCUAAUUUUUCACCCGUGCGAUCAUCAGGAAGACUUUCUGGAUACGUCUAAACCACAUUCUUUACAAGUUUGGGGAUUUGGAUUCCUGGCUGUGACUAUCAUUAACUUGGCAUCACUUCUGGGAUUGAUUUUAACUCCCCUCUUAAAGAAGUCAUAUUUUCCCAAGGUUUUAACCUACUUUGUGGGCUUGGCCAUUGGUACUCUUUUUUCUAAUGCAAUUUUUCAGCUCAUUCCAGAGGCAUUUGGGUUUGACCCGAAAGUAGAUAAUUAUAUUGAGAAAGCAGUUGCUGUCUUUGGUGGAUUCUAUAUUCUCUUCUUUGUGGAGAGGAUUCUUAAAGUGACAUUGAAGAUCUAUAACCAGACUGGCCAUAAUGACUCCGAAAAUGGUGAACAGAAUUGUUCUCAGGAUAAGAGUAACCCGCCCAAACCACUAUCAUCCAUCAAUGGGGGCACGUGUUAUGCAAAUUCAGCUGUCAUAGAGAGCAAUGGAAAUCUUGGUUUUGACAGCAUCAGUGUGGUCUCAGCACAGGACGAGGCCACCCAAGGCAGCUUGUGCAAGUGUCUUCACGGGCGUCCACUGUCCAAGAUUGGGACCAUUGCUUGGAUGGUAACACUGAGUGAUGCUGUACAUAAUUUCAUAGAUGGUUUGGCUAUUGGUGCUUCUUUCACUUUGUCUCUGCUUCAAGGCCUUAGUACCUCCAUAGCCAUCUUAUGUGAAGAGUUUCCUCACGAACUGGGGGAUUUUGUCAUAUUGCUUAAUGCAGGAAUGAGUACUCGGCAGGCUCUGUUUUUCAACUUUCUGUCUGCAUGUUCCUGUUACCUUGGGAUGGCUUUUGGUAUAUUGGUAGGCAACAACUUUGCUCCUAACAUCAUCUUUGCUGUAGCUGGUGGAAUGUUCCUGUACAUCUCUUUGGCAGAUAUGUUCCCAGAGAUGAACGAUAUGCUGCGAGAGAAAGUGACAGGAAGAAAGAUGGAUCUCACAUUCUUUCUUAUUCAGAAUGCUGGUUUACUGACAGGGUUUACUGCUAUACUGUUGAUUACCUUGUAUGCAGGAAAUAUUCAGCUGUGAUAAUGCAAGUGAAAAUGGAAUCAGUACUGAAGACUUCAAGUAAAUUACAAAUGGAAGACACUUGAAAUCCAUAAAGGGACAUUCAUUUAAUCGACUUGGUCUUGAAACGGCGACAAGUCCUGUCCUAUCCCUCUUACUUCAAAUACAGGAAAUUAUUCUUUAGGAUUUGCAGUCAAUUCAAAUAGUAAGAGCUGUCAACUUCAAUACUAUGCCAAAGAAUGGAUUCUAAUAUGUCUGAUAAUUUUAAGUAGAAAUAAAAAUAUCUGAACUGUCAUAGAGAAAGGAUGUUACUUGGCCAGUAGAAUUCUGUAGUACAUGCAACUCAAGACCAAAUGAAAGCUGAGGUCUAAGGUGCUUAUUUAAAAGAAAAUAAUGGAGUCUUAUAUCCCUUUUUAACUGUGAUGAAGGCAAGCAGUUUCAAAACUGGUAAAUUUUCAUGAUUUUCAUGCAGUAUUUGUCUGUGUAACAUCCCCUUCCCUCAG